AUGGACCCCUUCAUAAACUUCGGGGAAGAUGGCCUCGACGAAGCGAACGAUGUGAUGCAAGACGUGACAUUUGAGUUGGAAGCUAUACGGCAUCCACUCUCCACCCUCGAGGAUCUUCAGAUUUCUGAUGAACCGACAUAUCUCGCAGCAAAACAGGAUCUGGAGAGAACCGGCAUUGCUGAAGCAGUGAACAAAUGCGGGCAGGCGUGCGACAAGUUUUCAAAGAGGCUUGAGAAAUGGACGAAGCAUUCUAAUACCACGGAGCUUUCCAUCAGGGAUCGACUAAUCAUUCUAGUACGGUCCGAAGAUGCGUCCAAAACUGCACGGCAAGAGACUGAGAAACAACUACGAGUUCUCGAGACUGCUAUCCAGAAGCACAUCGAGCUCACAAAAAUACAACAAGACGAAGCUUUGCAGCGCAGGAAGGACCUUGAAAGCCUAGAGGACGAAGAUGAGGAAGACGACCGCCAGCGAACUCUGGCCAUUCGAGAGACCGAAGAGCAAUCCCGUUUACUAGAAGCCGACCAAUCUGCCUCUGGCGUUGUUUCCCAAAUACUCUCGACAUUGUCUGUCCCACGUGGCAACACAUAUAACAUCGAUUUCUCACAUAGUCACAAUGAGGGGGGUCUACAGAUCGGUCAUAGCGCAGGUACGAUCAAUUGGAAUGGCAGUCGCAACUGA